AUGAUGUCGGCCAACACCGUGUACCGCAUCAACGACCGCACCUCGCACCACAACCUAACCUGUCUAACAGAGGUCCUACCAACUGUCCACGACCAUGAAGUACUCGUCGAGAUUCAUGGGGUCACGCUCAACGCACGUGAUAUCCAAAUCUGCGGAGGGUUUUAUCCUGCAGCAGCGGUUAAGGACAACCUCAUUCCCUGCUCGGAUGGAGCAGGUGUCGUCGCUGGCGUUGGAGGUGCAGUCGACGAUAUUCACGUCAGCGACCGCGUCAUUAUCAAUAUUUCCUUCGGCAAUCUGUACGGCCCUUUAAAGAGCCCAGCUUACAUGCUUGGUGGAGGGAUUGACGGCACGUUCCGCCAAUUCGCUGCAGUCCCGGCUCAAGCAAUCAUCAAGGUCCCUUCCGAGUGCAAAUUAGACUUCGUUCAGCUUGCGUCGCUGGUCUGCACUGGCGCUACUGUGUGGAACGCACUCUACGGCUACGUGCCGAUGAAACCCGGUCAAACCGUGCUCUUCCAAGGUACUGGCGGAGUGUCUAUCACGGGUGUUCAAUUUGCCAAGGCUGCUGGGGCUGUGACGAUUGUCACGUCCUCGUCGGAUGAAAAACUGAAGUUUGUAGCGGAGAAAUUUGGUGUGGAUCACGUGAUCAACUACCGCACGACGCCGAAUUGGGAGGAAGAAGUGCGCCGCUUCACCAACGGAGAGGGCGUCGACUAUGUCAUCGAGAUCGGUGGUGCUGGCACGAUUGAACAGAGCAUCAAAGCUACGGCAUCUGGCGGAAUGAUCGCCAUCAUCGGGUAUCUGGCAGAUAUUAAGCAGGAGGAUAUGCCCAAUGUCCCUCUUCUCGCGUUGAUCCAAGGCUGCGCUCUCCGGGGUGUACAGGCUGGUAGUAAACAGCUAACCUCCGAAUUGGUCACGUUCGUGACACGUAAAAAUGUCCAGCCCUACAUCCACGAGACAUUGGGCUCUCCCAGGACGAAGUGA